CAGCAGCAGCAGCCGGCUGUUUACGAGGCUGCGCAUGGAGCGGCGCAGUCCUGGCUGCCUGUCAGAAAAACCCAAAGGGAGGAAUUCAAAAACAAAAAAAAGCCAGCAGCGGUAAAACCGGACAGUUUCAGCCCGACUCCUGCCGCUGAGCACACACACUGUCUCUACUUGGUGUUCGGACGACUGUUAUCACCAGCAGCUGAGGAACCGGGACAAAAGAGACUGGUCCGUGGCAAGCUAGCGAGACCAAGCCGAGACCGGAAGUUGUGCCCGAGGCUGUUAUUUAGGAACCAGGGAUAGAAGCACCCAGAGCCACUGGGCAGGGCCCGCUGGUUCAGGCCUGAGACCGACACCAUGUCCAGCGGCGAAGGAUCUGACCAGGCUAACGGCAGCGCCGGCCUGUCUUCCACUAAUCGGGACCAUUCCAAAGAGAGCAUGAAGCUGAAGAAGGAGAUCUCGCUGCUCAACGGCGUCAGCUUGAUCGUGGGAAACAUGAUUGGCUCGGGCAUCUUUGUGUCCCCCAAGGGCGUGCUCAUCUACAGCGCCUCCUACGGGCUGUCGCUCGUCAUCUGGGCCAUCGGGGGCCUGUUUUCAGUUGUCGGGGCCCUCUGCUAUGCUGAGCUGGGCACCACCAUCACCAAAUCAGGGGCUUCUUAUGCGUACAUCUUGGAGUCAUUUGGUGGCUUCGUCGCCUUCAUUCGCCUGUGGACAUCGCUGUUGAUCAUUGAACCCACCAGCCAGGCGGUCAUAGCCAUCACGUUUGCCAACUACCUGGUCCAGCCACUGUUUCCGACCUGUGAACCAUCGUAUGCAGCGGCCCGCCUCAUCGCUGCUGCGUGCUUAUGUUUGCUGACGUUCAUAAACUCUGCCUAUGUGAAGUGGGGCACCCGUGUGCAGGACGUUUUCACCUACGCAAAGGUGGCGGCGCUCAUCGUCAUCAUCGUUACUGGUAUUGUCAAGCUGUGCCAGGGCUACACGGACAACUUCAGGUCCUCCUUUAAGGGCUCGUCUACAGAUCCUGGUGAUAUUGCUCUGGCGCUGUACUCUGCACUCUUCUCCUAUUCCGGCUGGGACACCCUCAACUUUGUGACGGAAGAGAUCCAGAACCCAGAGAGGAACCUACCGCUGGCCAUCGCCAUCUCCAUGCCCAUUGUCACCGUCAUCUACAUUCUCACCAACGUGGCCUACUAUGCUGUUCUGGAUGUUGGCGCUAUACUGGCCAGCGAUGCCGUUGCAGUGACUUUUGCAGACCACACGCUGGGCGUCAUGAACUGGAUCAUCCCCAUCGCCGUAGCUUUGUCCUGUUAUGGCGGCCUAAACGCUUCCAUUAUAGCCGCAUCCAGGUUGUUCUUUGUUGGAUCCCGGGAGGGUCACCUCCCAGAUGCUCUUUCCAUGAUCCAUAUUCAAAGGUUCACUCCAAUCCCUGCCCUCAUCUUCAAUUGCAUCAUGUCGCUGAUCUACCUCAUGGUGGAGGAUGUCUUCCAACUCAUCAACUACUACAGCUUCAGUUACUGGUUCUUCAUGGGUCUGUCUGUCGCCGGUCAGAUCUACCUUCGCUGGAAGCAGCCUGACAGGCCCAGACCGCUCAAACUAACCCUGUUCUACCCCGUGGUGUUCUGCCUGUGCGCCGUCUUCCUCGUGGCAGUGCCUCUCUACAGCGACACAGUCAACUCCCUGAUUGGGAUCGCCAUCGCCCUGUCCGGUGUUCCUGUCUACUUCCUGGGUGUCUAUCUGCCAGAGUCCAAAAGACCACCCAUUAUCAUCAGGUUGCUGCGCUCUCUGACGUCCUUCACCCAGUACACCUGCUUCUGCGUACUGACAGAGAUGGACAAAAGCCAGUAGCUCCUUUCAUGUAGAAAGAUUUCUUCCCCAGCAGUGCUGCAACAGAUUCUGCUGGGAAAGAAGCAUCCACUGUAGACCGCUGAUAGAGACCGUUCACCGCGUUGCUGCCAGACACUGAAAAUGCUGCCGUGUGCACAUGCAGAUUUACCUGGGGCUCAAAACACGACCCCUGCUAUGGAUAAGGACCUGGUACAGCUGCACUGGCAGCUGAGCGUACAUCGGCCAUUAAAUGACGACCCCCGUAUGUUACGUAUUAAACAAGUACGAGCAUGUGUUGAAAUGAAAUGAAAUCUAAGUGCCCUGGGAAAGUAGCUCAAACCUCUCGGAUUCUGUUUACAUUGCAACCAAAAACGUCCCAAACCGUCAGGGAACCGUUCCCCAAACCACUCAGCAAGAGGAAGAGAAUGGCUCGGCUGCAACCCCUCCAGGAAAUGGUCGUUCACCUGGACCGACGAGCCGGGCCAUGCGUAUCACAGGCCGUGAAGGGAAAACAGCCAAAGAGGACAGGGGCUGUGGUCAGAUGAGAGCAAAAGGACCAUCUGUUGGUGGUAAACCAGUUCACCCUGAACACACCACAGGCUGGUGAAACACGAUUGAGGCAGCGUCAUGCUGCGGGGACGAUGUUCUUCAGCAGCGAGCGUCCUGUUGGUGCGUCACCCAAAAUCCCAAGAAAACAUUCAGGCUGGAGUUGCAACAUUUACUUGAGUUACUUUUUUGGGGAAACAAAAAAAACCAAAAAAAAAACGGACUUUUAGUUUUACAGCACUGUACUUUUUACUUAGUUGCAUAAUGUCUUUAAGAAGUAUCACCACUCUUGAGGAAACUUUCUGGCUUCUCCACCCACCCUGAGUAACUUCACUGAAUAAAGAACAGGCUCGUUUCAACCAAAGAUGCACCUACAGUUUCUGUUAAAGUGACACCUCUCGUUUGUAUACCAGCUCUGUUGUUUUUAAUGUGAUUCUCUAAACAUGUUUUUUCAUUGGACGAACGUUGCUCACUUCUAACAUUCACCAUAUUAUCAGAAGCAUAUUGGGGCCACGCCACCAAACAAAGGGAUUCAGGGGUCCAAUGAUUAUGGCUACAGGUGUAAACAGUUGGGCUGCAGUCCUGACUUCCACCUUUAGGGUGAACUGGUUCAUUCAGCCAUGAACCUUACCAAAGCAUUUUUUUAAUACCAGUAUUUGUACAUAACUUCAUACUCUUGUCUGUUUACAUAAUUUUUAAGUAUCAAAUCAGACAUUUAUUACUGAUUGCUCAAUAUUGUUAUCAAAUACGUUUUUACUCUUCAGGAAUUUCUUGGUUGGUCACCGUUUAUUUCUACCUGAGUAAAAUCUGUUAAAGUAGUUUUGAGUAAAUUUUUUGGCCUCCUGACCCACCUGUGGCUGUAACAUAAAACAUUUAAGAGCGAGGACUACCUUAUCCAGGCCCUGGAUGUUAAUACUAGAAGUUCACCAAACUGGGGAAGAUGGUAUUUUAUCCAACUCUCCACUCGUGCAGGUACUUUUAUAUUAUUUUGCAUAUUGCUGCUCUACACUGAGAGAAGUCUCUCCCUCCUGUUUGUGUUGAAUGGUUUUACCGCGAUCACUUCCCUGUCUUUAAAUGAUCUAGUAUUUGCACUUUAUUCUGAAAAUAAACGUUGGUUCAAAAAUCAUAGCUCAAAGCAGUCGCUUCAUCAUGCAGAGAAACAGAAACGGACUCUGGUGUUUUAUUUUGAAAGCCUUCUUUGUGUACACAUCUACAUAUUUACAGAAACUUUAUUUCAACAAGCGUUCCAGAAACAAUCAAAACUCCAAAGUGGAUUUAUCCAAACCCAACUCAUACAUCCACAACAGAAAGUUACGCACCAGCCUUUCACAUUACGCAGAAAAAAAAA